AGCUGGGCGGAGCAAGAUGGCGGGACUGGGCAGGGGCGGAGCGAGGCCCUCGCUCUCCUGGUCAUCCGCCGGCCAGAAGCUCAGUCUGUGAGUGACUGUGAACGUGAUAUGUUGUGUCUAUCCAACAGCCAAGAUUGAGCGUAUAGGCGGAGGAGGCAUGAGCUGCCCGGAGGUGGUCUACCAAGCGUACUACCCCUACCUCUACCAGAGGCCUUCGACUUCUUCAGCGCGACCGCCGCCACCGCCUUUUCCUCCAUUCGCCCACCAUCCUCACUAUGAUCGGGUGAUCGGUGGUGGAAGCAGCAGCAGCGGGAGAGUAAGCGGAAGCGUAGAAGACGCAGGCGGGGGAAGUAGCGACCCGGAGCCCAGGCAGUUCUACACCCCCAGGGCGAGCGCCAGCCCUCCCAGCCCUCAACCGCACCGAUCGGUCUACACUGACGAGGAAGAAGAAAGCGGCGGAAGCAGCAGGGCGCAGUACGUGUCAGCGAACUGCGUCGUCUUCACCCACUACACCGGCGAUGUGGCCGCCGUCGUCGACGAGCACUUCACCCGGGCGCUAAGCACCGACACGAAGCCCCCGACAUCCUCGAAAGACUGGUCUCCAAUGACGUCCAGGAACUUCCCACCGUCCUUCUGGAACAGCAAUUCCAACAGCAGCUCGAGUAGCGGCGACGCUGGGUACCACGGUGCAGAACCUAGUAUGUACCAUUGUGCCACGACUUCUGAACCAUGGCACUCCCACUACCAACAGUACCACCACCACAGAGCGGUACACGAAUACCACCAGCACAACAUGCAGUACGGCGGGGGCCUCCUUUUACCAGCUCAUCAGUACAAAGAGGCGGCAAGUUGGCACCCCCAGCACCGCCUCCACGACCCUGCAGCCGCCCACCAUCUCGACACCGCCUCUGCAGUUGCAGCGGCAGCAUACUCCGCCUACCCUUCAAUAUCAGAAAAUGAGUACCGUGGAAGCCUCCGCUCCCAUAUGUCUUUAUAUUGACGAAGCUGAAAUCAAAACCCGAGGCGAGACUAACAAGACGUUUUCUAAGGUCUGGAACCGCAGGUUCAGGAGAGCUCCAAAGAUCUUUACUGGUUCUGAGGCCGAGGAUGGCCGUAAAAUAAACUCGCCAUAAAAUACAAAUAUAUAUAUAUAAAAAGUCAUUAAUAAGUGAUAAAAGACAAUGUGACUGCUAAAAGAAAACCCCUCCCGCGCCAUACCCUGAAGCUGCUCUUUGCCAGAAUUACCAGAAAAGCUUCCGACAUGUUCGAAUAUUUGUUCAAUUUUUUAUUUUAAUAUAUUUAAAAAAAAAGUUGAAGCAAAAAUGUAAAUAAUUCCACUUCUUUUAUUUUCGUUUAACAAGUGCAUAUUUUAUAAACUGGUUUGCAUUGAUGUUAAUUCUAAAAAUGCUUGCUCGAGCCGUGUUUAGGGAGGGACCAAGAUAUUAAAUUAAAUUUCUGAGAUAUUGUACGAAAGAGAGAGAGAGUGUGAGUGAGAGGGUUUGUAGCAGUGAGGAUUUACCUAAUCCCAAGGAUGGAUAAGAAAAGAAACAGAAAAACCUUUUGUUGUAUAUUAACGUUUUAGCUUUAGAAUAGGCCAUGUGCAAUGUAUAAAGUAUUUAGUUUAAGAUAAAUUAAAGUCUACUGUUAUUGAUUUGUA